UUCUUUCAGCAGUAGCAACAGUUCGUCAGACACCUCGGUAGCUUGCUAGCCAAAAUAUACGAACAAAUAAAGCUCUUUAGACGCUUUAGUGUAUAUUAGCCACUGUAUUUUAAACCCACUUCUGUCGUCUAGUUAGUUAUCCGUUUUAAUUUCAUAUUUACGGUAUUGUUUUUAUUAUUCAUCUAGUGGGCUGGUUAAGUUAGCAUUAGCCUAGCUAGCUAACAUCUCCAACCAUGAGGUCACUAAGCUACUCUCUUGUUAAUGAAGAGAAGGACUGCUGGACGGAGAAGGAAGCUCUCGUCAAAGAGGAGAAGGAAGAGAAGGAUAUCACAGUAAAACAAGAAGUUGAGGCUGUUACAGUGAAAGGAGAAGAGAAAGACGUUACAGUGAAAGAAGAGGAAGACGCGUUCAGAUUGAAAGAGGAAGAGGAUGUUACAGUAAAAGAAGAGGAGGAAGAGAAAGAGGAGGCUGCAGUUUUUGGAGUGAAAGAGGAGGAUGGGGAGAUGACUGUCACAUUGGAAGAAGAGGAGGAGGAAACUGAAUAUCUGGGCACGGUUUCCCAAACGCAUCUUAAGGCAUCCAAUGGUUCUAACGAUGAACGGGCCCUGAUUAACACUAGAGAGAUACGGGACUAUCGUGGAUCCUCUGGGGAGCCUCAACAACAACAUGAUGUUGAAGAGGCAGAGAAGAGUCUCUCCACAUCAGAACACCUCAAGAAACACCAGUGGAGACCCACAGGGAAGAAAUCUCACCGCUGCUCUGACUGUGGGAAGAGAUUCACCUCAUCAGGCAUUAAAAUUCAUCAGAGAAUCCACACAGGAGAGAAACCUUACAGCUGUGAUCAAUGUGGGAAGAGUUUUUCUUCUUCUAGCAGUCUAACUAAACACCAUAGAACACACACAGGAGAGAAACCUUUUAGCUGUGGUCAAUGUGGGAAGAGUUUUGGUCAAUCUUGCCAUCUGGUAUCACACCAGAGAACACACACAGGAGAGAAAUCUUAUAGCUGUGAUCAAUGUGGGAAGAGUUUUUCUUCUUCUAGCAGUCUAACUAAACACCAUAGAACACACACAGGAGAGAAACCUUAUAGCUGUGAUCAAUGUGGGAAGAGUUUUAGUCAAUCUGGAGAUCUGACACUGCACCAGAGAACACACACAGGAGAGAAACCGUUUAGCUGUGAUCAAUGUGGGAAGAGUUUUGUUCGAUCUGGCCAUCUGACAGUACACCAGAGAACACACACAGGAGAGAAACGUCUUAGCUGUGACCAGAGAUAAUCUGAUAAAAGAUCUCUGAUCAAAUAUCAGAACAUUUAUAUAUGAAGGAGUUGUUUCAUGAUAUCAAUGAAUUAAUGUCUCAAUGUAGAAUGUUUUAAUAUAUAGUAUAUUAAUAUACUCUGCAGUAAGUCAGUCAGAAUGUCACAAUGUAGAACCCUAAACGUUUGCCCCCUUAUCAAUUGGUUUCAACAUGAUAUGGAUAUUAGGCUCAUUGGGGGAAAUUCAGGCUCUGAAUUGAAAGAGUACUAUUUAUGUGAUUUAACACAAAGUGACUAACAAAAAAAGAGUUGUCCUCUAACCAGUGAUGUACACAUUAUUCCCAGAAUCAACGGAUUUCAACAUAAUAUCGAUGAGUUAAGACAAAUAAGUGUUGUGUUCCUUUGUUUAGCGACCCCUAAAUUUAAAUGCAUCACUCCAAUAUGUAGCUGACUGUCUUCUGCAGGUUGUCCUCUAACCAGUGAGCUAAAAUAUAUCUCCCAUUUCCAUGUGUUUUUUUUAGUUGUGUUAGUUUCAGCAGCACCUACAACCUGAUGUCCCCCCUAAUCGAUAUCAGUGAUUUAUUGCUACUUGUCAAAACAACAGCGUUUUUGGUGCUUGUGCAGUUUAUAAGGAGCUUGUUUUAAAAAAGACAAUUAUUGUGGCAGAUGUUUGUGUAUUUACCACAUGUUAGGUUUUCAAUUGAUCCCAAACUGUUUCUGCAUAUUGGUUAUUGAUUUGGACACGUUAAAACUAUGUUUUGACAUUGGGCUAUCCCACCUAGCAAAAUGUAAUUGAAAGCCGUUGAAAAUAAUACUAUUUAAUCAAAUAUUUCAUAUUUACAUUUCAUGUAACAUUUAGUAAUGAAAAUUAUUCAUGCAACCAACUGACAGUUUUUUGGGUACAAUUAUAUUGACAUUGUUGCCCUGUUUUUAGAAUAUCAGGGUUAAUUCUCAGAUGUGCCAAACCAAAUGUACUAGAGCAUGACAUUGGGGACUGGGCCCCGAUCCAACAACAUGCCUAUCUAGUGAACCCUGAAAAGAGAGAGAAGCUCCGCAGUGAGGUGGAAAGUUACUACGGAUAUUGCAGGAGUUUCCUCUUGAAAUCAGACAUGUCCGUGGUGAGAACAACCUGGUUGCUGAUUGUCUCAAGGGUGGGCAUUCAAAACGUUUUGUGUUUUGCGUUUAGCCAGUGCAUUGCCAUGGAUCACAGUUUAUUUUUACUGCACGUUUUUCCGUAUUAGAGAUGAGUUUUGUUUGGGCUCGUUCCAAGGGGACGAGAGUUCUAGAAGCUAGUCAGUUUUAGGAAGACGAGAGUUCUAGAAGCUAGUGGGUUUUAGGAAGACAAGAGUUCUAGAAGCUAGUGAGUUUUAGGAAGACGAGAGUUCUAGAAGCUAGUCAGUUUUAGGAAGACGAGAGUUCUAGAAGAUGGUGAGUUUUAGGAAGAAGAGAGUUCUAGAAGCUAGUGGGUUUUAGGAAGAAGAGAGUUCUAGAAGCUAGUGGGUUUUAGGAAGACGAGAGUUCUAGAAGCUAUAGAAAGAAAAUCUUUGUGGGAAUAAUAAAAAAUAAAUAUUGUUUUUAAUUGUUGUUUGCCAGUAGACAGACACCAUGUUUAUAUUGGUGACGGUGAAGCAUUGUAGUUGAUUAUAAUGUGAAAUGGAAGUUGUUUUCUGUUGUUGGUGAGCAUUCUCUUAAGGUGUUAGUUAGUCUUUGGUUUUUCCAUUUAUGUUUUGAGGUUGGACAUUAGCACGUAUAGCUCGUUAGCACGUAGGACGCACUGAUUGGUGUCACCUCGUUAGUCAGUAUGUGUUACACCUGUGCUGGCUUGUCCAUCUCGUUAGUGGGAAGGUGUUUCACCUGAGCUGGUCCAGGUUCUAUUUAAGAGUGUCUGGCCCAGUGCUCCAGUUGUCUUGAUAGAUGUGGAGAGUCAACACCUUUAGUUGCUCCACCUUUUUGGUUUGCUUCCUGUCUUUAAGUUUGGUGUGGGUUUUUCUUUUGUUUGCCUCUUCUUGGGCAGAUUUAGUGGGUCUCAUGGGUGGUGUCUUUUAGGUCCCAGUUGUUGUUACUAGUCAACUUUCAGUCGACACCCCCAUAGUGUCUUUGAGAACCCCUCCUAAAAAACAAGCUUAUAUUUUGGUUUGGAUAUUGCAUCCAAUUAGUGUUUUAAUCAAUGGCAUUUCCUUAGAAUGCUAAUUGGUCUUUCAGUUGUUAAUCUUCUGUUUUUUAUGCUGUUAUUUUUGUGUAAUAAGUAUUUCUGUUUAUUUUCAUUGUUUUCUCCUGUGAAGCCAUUGUGUUGAAUCCAUGUCUGAAAUGUGCUGUAUAAAUAAAGCUUGGUUUGAUUUGAACCAAUGAACCCAAUGACCAAUCAACAGACU